AUGCGCCGCACCUCGCCCACCACUCACGAUUCGGGAAUCCCAGAGAUGUCGGAUCUCAAGCGCUCUGUCACUUCUGCCAGCCUCUCACCGGGACGUGAGGAGGAGAAGGUACUGAAGUCCGCUACGCCAGCUCAAAACACCGCAUCGGCGCCUGGGAGACCACUCAUUCCCUCUCCCGUCUCUGAAACCAGUAGUAAUGAGAUAACGACGUCCGACACGCCACCCAACACCACCACACAAGCGCCUGGGAAAUCACUUUUCCCCGAUCCCGUCCCUUCUCACGCUCAUACCCUAUCUCAGUCCACGAAACCAACCUCACCAACCCAGCCCGGCCCCCUCGCGAACCUCCCCCCCGAACUCCUCACCCUGAUUCUCACCCACCUCCCCACCCUCACCCUCCUCCUCUGCCGCAAAAUCUCCCGCUCUUUCACCUCCCACCUCCGCCUCCACGGACCGGUAAUAGCCCGUAAACGCAUCGCGCGGGAGCAGAAACGUCUCCGCGACGCGAUCGCUAUGCUGCGUCAGUUGAGCGGGAUAGAGUUCCUGGGAGCGUUGGCGAGAUGGGAGGGGUAUUGUGAGUUGUACUACGAUUGGACGCAAUUCAUGACGGGUUCGGAUCAGAUGUUGGCGCAGCGGAGGGAGCUGGAGGAUAAGGCGAAAGGGUUUGGGAGGGUGUUUGUUAGGGGUGGGAGUUCGUCUUUUGCUGCCACCGCCACGACGACGAGGACGAUGGGUUCAUCGCCUGUUCUGGCCUCGGCGGUCAGGCAGGAGAGGAAAUUGGUGGAUUUGAUUUUCGCGCUUUUCGAGCUGCAGCGGUUAUCGCCCUCGACAUCGUCGUCGCUGUUGCAUGCUGGUCGAUCACUCUUGAAGGAGUUGGAAAGGGAGGAGAAGAUGGUACAGCUACUCCAGUCCGCUUUCACCGAUCCAACGGGAACAGGCGAACUCGACAGAGCGCAAGCUAUGCAGCUGGUCAGACGGGUCCGGGUGCUGAGACUUUUCGGUCGGGGAGAGGAGACUCCUCGUAUGCUUGUUGGGUCUGGUAGCAUGGUGAGAGCGAGACGGGUUGAUGGUGGUGGAAAGUGCUCCCAGUGUGGUUUCGAUUUGAAGCUUCCGGAUGAGCUGCGGAUGUUGAGUUGGGGUCAGGUGUUCAAGGCUAUGGUGAGGUUUGGAUGGGGAUCGCAUUUCUUGGAUCAGCAUGCGGUGGUCUGUGGUCAGGCGCCAUUGAGUCGUGGUGGGUUUCGGGCUGGGAACACUGCUGCUGUUAGUGUCAGAGCUAUUAUUCUGGAGGAUGUUCUUGUUUGGUGUUAG